AUGGAGAAGAACCCGGAUAGGACCACAGCCGAGUCGGUACGCGAUGGGAGACCAGAUGAUGUCGACAACGCGUACGAGUUUGCAAAGGAGCAUGCCGUCGGCCCCUUGAGUGACGAGGACAAUAAACACAUCUUACGCAAGAUCGAUCAUCAUCUGUUACCCUUGAUGAUCAUCACCUAUACUCUAAACUUUAUGGACAAGAAUGCCCUCUCUUAUUCGGCCAAUUUUGGCCUCAUCACUGACAACAAACUAGUAGGAAAUCAAUACAGCUGGGCCUCCGGAUCCAUUUUCUAUCUUACGUACAUGGUCUCCCAGCCUUUUGUCGCCCGCCUGAUUGUCCGAUUCCCUAUCGGCCGCUUCGUCGCCGUUGCUACCACACUUUGGGGUGCUGUGUUGAUGACCACAGCGGCGUCGCGUUCUUUCGCUAGCUUAAUGGUCAUCCGUGCUAUCCUAGGUUGUCUCGAAUCUUGCAUCAAUCCCGCCUUUAUUGUUAUAUCAUCUCAAUGGUGGACGCGCGACGAGCAACCAUUACGAAUUUCGUACUGGUAUCUCGGUAAUUCGAUCGGCCAGGUCUGCGGUGGACUUCUCGGUUAUGGUAUUGCUCAUAUAACGAACCACAAUGUCCCGAACUGGGGCUGGUUCUUCCUGAUUUUCGGUGCCAUCACCAUCCUCUACGGCAUCUUCCUGUUUUACUACCUCCCUGAUUCACCAUUAAAUGCUCGUUGGCUUUCAGAUCAUGACCGCGCCUUGGCCAUCGAGCGUGUUCGGAGCAACCGUACUGGAGUUGAGAAUCAUGUAUGGAAGUGGUCACAGGUCAAGGAAUGCGUAACGGAUGUACAAUGCUGGCUUCUUGUAGCAACCUUUUUCCUCGACGAUAUUCCCGCCGGCGGAGUUGGUUCAUUUGGUAGCAUAGUAGUCAAGGGGUUUGGUUAUGACGCUCUCUACUCAACUCUUCUUCUAGUACCCUUGGGUGUGAUCCAAGCCAUAUGUAUCCUCUUCGGGGGGUUCAUGACCAAGCGCUUCAAAAACAUCCGAACUUGGCUUAUCGCCGGUUGCCAAAUCCCGGCGCUAAUCGGAGCUGUUCUGCUCUACACUCUGCCUCGGGAAAAUUCGCGUGGGCUACUCGGCUCGUACUAUAUUGUACAAACGCAUGGUAUAGUCGGAACACUCACCAUGUCGUUGGUAUCUAGUAAUUUCGCCGGGUAUACAAAGAAAGCUACCGCAUCCACGAUGAUGUACGUGGCCUUCUGCGUUGGACAGGUCGUUGCUCCUCAGCUUUUUCUCCCAAGAGAGGCUCCAGCAUACAAAACCGCCUUUCUCGCUGCUUUUAUAUGUUUUGCUCUUUGCAUCGUGUUCACCAUUGUUCUACGAUUCUACCUUAUUGUGGAAAAUAAGAGACGAGACGAGCUUCACUUGUCAGAAGGCGAGCUUAGCAACACGGACAACGAAUUCCUCGACCUAACGGAUAAGCAGCAAGAGGCUAUCUUUCGUUAUGUUCUCUAG